AUGUUGAAGGAGCUGCAUGUGAUGGUGAAGUUCGAAGAAGGUCGGGUCGAGUUUCUUAGCCUUGAGGCGAUAAAUGGUGUGUUUACCUCCAUUGUUACCACACUGGACGGUUUGUUCUUCGCGAUAAAUUUUCUUUCCCGAAGCCAUCCAGUUAUUCUAAUGGUGCAGAUGGUGGCGUGGUUCGUUGUUGGAGUCGUUUUGCUGUGCAUCUCGAAUCUCUCACAAAUGCUUCCUUCGUGGUUCGGUCGCUAUUACUGA